CCAUUCUAUCAAAAUAAAACAAAUACACGUGUGGAGAGGUCUUCAAAUAAACAAAGUUUUUAAUUAAUACAAUUAAUUCGAAAUGAGUGACAGUGAAGCUGAAGAAAAUAAAAAGAUAUCGACGGAACCAGUGGAUAAUGCCUGGACAUUAAAAAUUCCUGAGUUUAAACCCGACGAUAAUCCAAAUGGCAUGGUAGAGGAAAGUUCAUUUGCGACGCUGUUCCCAAAGUAUAGAGAAAAGUAUCUAAAGGAAAUAUGGCCACUUGUAAAACAAUGUCUUUCGGAACAACAUCUAAAGGCAGAACUUGAUCUCAUCGAGGGUAGCAUGGUGGUGAAAACAACACGCAAAACAUGGGAUCCUUAUAUUAUCAUCAAAGCCAGAGACAUGAUAAAGCUCAUGGCGCGCAGUGUGCCCUUCGAACAAGCGCGACGAGUGCUGCAAGACGAAAUCGGCUGUGACAUCAUAAAAAUAGGUAACUUGGUAAACAAGAAGGAUAAGUUCGUUAAGCGACGACAGCGUUUAAUUGGACCUAAUGGAGCCACUUUGAAAUCCAUUGAAUUGCUAACAGAUUGUUACGUCUUGGUACAAGGAAACACUGUAGCCGCACUCGGACCUUAUAAAGGCCUACAACAAGUGCGUGACAUUGUAUUAGAUACUAUGAACAAUGUGCAUCCUAUAUAUAAUAUUAAAGCAUUGAUGAUUAAACGUGAACUGAUGAAAGACCCAAAAUUGGCUAACGAAGACUGGUCACGUUUCCUGCCCAAGUUCAAGAACAAAAAUAUCAGCAAACGCAAACAACCCAAGGUUAAGAAGCCCAAGAAAGAAUAUACACCAUUCCCACCUUCGCAACCUGAGAGCAAAAUCGACAAACAACUUGCCUCAGGUGAAUACUUCCUUAGCAAAGAACAGAAACAAGCACGCAAGCAACAAGAGCGUAAUGCGAAACAAAGUGAGGCUGCUAAAAAACAAGAGGAACGUCGUAAUCAAGAUUUUAUUCCACCGACUGAGGAUGGACCUUCUACUAGCCGUAAGAGACCUGCUGACCAGGAUAGUAAAAAAUUGGAUGUUAAAGCAUUAAAGGCGAAAGUGGCUAAAGCAAAUAAAAAAAUUAAAACUACUUGAAUAAAAUAAAAAAAUAAAUUAAAUUGUGUUCUUACGAUUUGGGGGUUACAAUUGUGGCACAGCUCUUGACAAGAGUGGUUUUCAUAAAAUAAAAGUGUAUUUAUUAAAUAGAGUUUAAACUUUUUUUUUAGAUUUCAAUAGUUAUAAUAAUUGUCCGAUUAAAAUAUUAAUAAACAAUUGAUUGUCAAUUGGAAAAAUAUAAAGUUACCAAUGUUCCCCUUCAUUGGUUGAUGUUUAUAUGAGUUUAAAAUAAAAAAAGAAAAUAUGUUAAUUGCAGACUUUGUUUAAUUUGGUAAUUCGAAAAAAAAAUAAAUUAAUUUUUAAUAAUGCCCGAUAUAGCUUUUAGCGCUGCCAUACAACGCACCUCAAUAAUUUAGUUUACAGUGCUAUUAAAACUAUUAUCAAACAGCUGUUUUGUUUUAUAUGAAAUCAGAGAACGUAUAAUAUAUUUAACGUUCUCUGAUGAAAUGAAUGAAAAGCCAAGUCAGUAAAGAAAAAAGGUGAAAAUUUAAGAAAGACGUAAAUUGUUAAUAAAAUAGUAGAUACCGAAAAGUGUGUAACUUCUAAGAAAUCAAAUACGAGCUAAUAAGUUUUUGAAAGUUUCAAUAUUGUAAAAUGAUCAAUUCUGUGCAAUA